AUGACGGACUCUGACAGUCAAAACGCAUCAAUCGCGGAUUAUGACGAGGAGGUCGAGCACCUCAGUGACGAGGAGGUGGACAUCAUGUCCUACUCCCCCGAAGCUAUCUACCGACCGGCGCCAGCCCCCGAGCAGGCCGCCGCACAAGACACGUCGUCCAGCUCAUCCGGGUCGUCGAGCUCUAGCUCAAGCGGAUCGGGGAGCUCCGGCGAAGAAGAAGAAGAGGAAGGAACCACGUCGGGGAGACAAGGGUCUCCGACCGAAGGCGCUAGGGAAACGCCAACCCGGGUGGUUGGGGACCACCCGGAAGCCGUUGCUCGAGGAAGCGACCGGGAAAACACCCCCGAGCAAGCCGAGGAAGACACGGCCGGGCCGGCCGCACCAGCCACAGCGGAGUUCGAAUUCUUGAACAGCGAGAAUGUCGAACAACAAAUGAGCCGAUUGACCACAGGCGAGGCGGCUAGGAUUGCUGAAAGGCUCGCUCAAAAGGCCUUAAAGAAGAGCGACGAGGACCGGGCCCUGGCGGAGAAGGUUGCUCAUCGGGCAAUCGAGGAGGCCAAACAGCUGAAGGCUCAGCUUGGUAACCCGAGCGAGUUGGCGCAGGCGGUCUUCAAAGACAACAACUCGGGCUCGGCCUUCCUUACAGCAGCCCGGGGGACAAAGGUCGGGGAGGACCUGAUCCUCUCAUUCGGGCGGUGGGCCUUCAAGGCCGGGCAGCGGAAGAUGCUCGAGCGGGCUCGUACCCGGAUGGAGCAGGCUCUCGAGGGGGAGGACCUUCAGCUGGUUCUCUCGACGCUGCCCCCGGACUUGGCUGAUCCCGGUCCUUCUCCCUUCAGCCCCAAGGAGAAGACACCUGAGCAGGGCGGGUCCUCUGCGGCCGCCGCGAACGAGAAGGAAACGGCUGCUGGGGCUCGGGAAACGAAGAAGUAG